UAGAGAAAAACUGAAGAUGCUCACACAUAUCCAGGAGCUCUGACAUGAUAAUCAACAUGAAGACGAUUCUCAUUUCCUUAUCGUUGGUCGGUUGUAUAAUCUCAACUGCCACUGCGAACGCCUUUAGCAGAACAAGUAAGCGCCCUUUUUCUGACGAACGGCAUCUGCUCACAAUGCAGCCCUCAUGCCAAGACCCGAAGACAAGCACAUCGAUGCUUUUGACGCAGACAAGACCCCUAUCGGAGGCCUGGAAGGGUCCUGCUACGUAUGCUCCUCGCCCUGCUCCUCGGCCGUCUGCUGCCACGGGCGAUACCCCCAAUGCUGCAGCGACGGCGUCUACUGCUACUGCUGUCGAGACUAGUCUCGCUGUCGAGGUCAAGAUUCAGACCCAUGAUGUCCACAAUAAUAACAAUAAAAUUACUACCUCUGCCCUGCAUGACCCCAAAGCAUGCUAGAAACACUCCCACCCCGUCAGCCCUGACUACACCGUACAGUACUGUACCUCGUAGCUACGCCCACUCCGGC